AUAACUUUGGUGAGGUUUCAAGAGAUGGAUCUUAGAAGAGUGAUUAUCUUUCUAGCUUUUGCUGUUAUUAUCCUGCCUUCAUGUGCUCCUUCAAAAGCUCAUCUUCAAGUUGGUUUUUAUAAACAUACAUGCCCCUCAGCUGAAUCCAUAGUCAAAAAAGAAGUUAUGAAAGCUCUUAAGCAUAAUCCUGGCAUGGCUGCUGGCCUUGUUAGAUUGCAUUUCCAUGAUGCAUUUGUCAGGGGAGCUGAUGCAUCAGUUCUGAUUGAUUCAACAAGCAACAACAAAGCAGAAAAAGAUGCACCGCCAAACUACCAAAGUCUCCGGGGAUUCGAAAUCAUCGACGCAGCAAAAGCCCGGCUUGAAGCCAAAUGCAAAGGCAAAGUCUCAUGUGCUGAUGUCCUAGCAUUUGCAGCAAGAGAUAGUGUUCGUUUUAGCAUGAAGAUAAAUUAUGCUGUGCCAUCAGGAAGAAGAGAUGGAAGGGUUUCAUUGGCUUCUGAGGCAGCAUCCAAUCUACCAUCUCCUUCUUAUAAUCUCACUCAGCUCACACAAAGCUUCAAGUGCAAGGGUUUCUCACAAGAAGAAAUGAUCAUUCUAUCAGGAGCACACACAAUUGGACUUUCUCACUGUAGUUCAUUCAUAGAAAGGCUCUACAACUUCAACUCAACAAUAAACCAAGAUCCGAGUUUAGAUCCAACUUAUGCUAAACGACUGAAGAAACAAUGCCCAUGUGGGAGCACUAACAGCAACAAUUUGGUGCCAAUGGAUCCAUACAGUCCUACAAAAUCUGACAGUAACUAUUACAAGCUCAUCUUGUCUAACCGUGGGUUAUUCACAUCAGAUCAAACCCUAAUUUCCACUCCAGAGAGCAAGACACAAGUGCUACUAAAUGCAUAUGUUCCAAUGUAUUUCAAGUUGAAGUUUAUUGAUGCAUUUGUGAAGAUGGGAAAGAUUGGAGUGCUUACUGGAAAUGAGGGAGAGAUACGUGUCAACUGCAGGGUCAUCAACUGAUAAUGAUAUAAUUUAUGUCAUAUAGUCACUCAUGUCGCAUUAUUAUUAUUAUUAUUAUUAUUAUUAUUAUUAUUAUUAUGGUUUUGCAUUAAACAAUAAGAAAAAUAGGUCG